AUGGCUUGGAUGACUUAUAUUUCUCACUGGUUUGAUGAAGAUGAUUGGUAUGAAGGACACCAAAGAGCAAAGAUGUCACAGGUUAAGCAAGUGGGCCUUUUAGCUGCUGGAUGUCAGCCUUGGAACAAAGAUGUAUGUGCUGCUAGUGGGGAUAGAUUUGCUUAUUGUGCCACACUUGCUAUUUAUAUUUACCAGUUGGAUCACCGAUAUAAUGAAUUCAAACUCCGGGCAAUUAUGUCUGAGCAUAAAAAGACAAUCACAGCAAUAUCUUGGUGUCCCCACAACCCUGACAUGUUUGCAAGUGCCAGUGCAGAUAAUUUAGUGAUCAUUUGGAAUGUGGCUGAACAAAAAGCUGUUGCAAAACUGGACAGUACAAAAGGGGUUCCUGCCUCACUUAGUUGGUGCUGGAAUGCAGGUGAUGCAGUUGCAUUUGUUUCCCAUAGAGGCCCAUUGUAUAUUUGGACUAUCUCAGGACCAGACAGUGGGGUAGCUGUACAUAAAGAAGCACAUAGUUUCUUGUCAGACAUUUGUCUAUUUAGAUGGCAUCCAAAGAAGAAAGGAAAAGUAGUAUUUGGACACACUGAUGGAAGUCUUUCUAUUUUUCAACCAGGUUCUAAGAGUCAGAAACAUGUCCUAAGACCAGAGUCUCUUGAAGGGACAGACGAGGAGGAUCCAGUGACAGCCCUGGAAUGGGACCCUCUGUCGACUGACUAUCUUCUUGUUGCUAAUUUACAUAAUGGCAUUCGACUAGUUGAUUCUGAGUCUCUCUGCUGUAUCACAGCAUUUAAUUUUCCUAGUGCAGCAGCAUCAGUUCAGUGCUUAGCCUGGGUUCCUAGUGCUCCUGGAAUGUUUAUUACUGGAGAUUCUCAGGUUGGAGUGUUACGUAUUUGGAAUGUUUCACGCACAACACCUAUAGAUAAUUUUAAAUUGAAGAAAACAGGGUUCCAUGGUUUACAUGUGCUCAAUUCUCCUCCAAAGAAAAAGUCACUUUCAUCACAUUCUCCUACUAAAAAUCAUCAUACAUCAUCUACCAGUGAGGCCGUUCCACCCCCAACUCUAACCCAAAACCAAGCAUUCUCUCUUCCUCCUGGCCAUGCUGUCUGCUGUUUUAUGGAUGGUGGAGUGGGACUUUAUGACAUGGGAGCCAAGAAAUGGGAUUUCCUUAGAGAUUUGGGACAUGUUGAAACCAUCUUUGACUGUAAAUUCAAACCUGAUAACCCUGACCUUCUAGCUACAGCAUCAUUUGAUGGGACAAUAAAAGUUUGGGAUAUAAACACUUUAACAGCAGUCUACACCUCUCCUGGGAAUGAGGGGGUCAUUUAUUCUCUUUCUUGGGCUCCAGGGGAUUUGAACUGCAUAGCUGGUGCAACCUCCAGGAAUGGUGGUUUUAUCUGGGAUGUCCCUAGAGGCAAAAUGGUAACCCGGUUCAGUGAGCAUGGAAAGAAUGGAAUCUUCUGCAUUGCCUGGAGUCAUAAAGAUUCCAAAAGAAUAGCGACCUGCAGUGGUGAUGGAUUCUGUAUUAUUCGAACCAUUGAUGGCAAAGUUCUUCACAAGUACAAACAUCCAGCUGCAGUUUUUGGUUGUGAUUGGAGCCAAAACAACAAAGAUAUGAUAGCCACUGGAUGUGAAGAUAAAAAUGUUCGUGUUUAUUACCUAGCAACAAGCUCUGAUCAGCCACUGAAGGUUUUUACGGGGCAUACUGCAAAGGUGUUUCAUGUAAGGUGGUCUCCUCUGAGAGAAGGAAUCCUCUGCAGUGGUUCUGAUGAUGGCACUGUUCGAAUAUGGGAUUACACACAAGAUGCUUGUAUAAAUGUUCUCAGUGGACAUACAGCACCAGUACGGGGACUAAUGUGGAAUACUGAAAUCCCUUACCUAUUAAUAUCAGGCAGCUGGGACUAUACAAUUCGAGUGUGGGACACAAGAGAUGGAACCUGUCUAGACACAGUUUAUGAUCAUGGUGCAGAUGUAUAUGGUUUAACAUGCCAUCCUAGUCGUCCAUUCACUAUGGCCUCUUGUUCUCGUGACUCCACUGUGAGACUUUGGUCUUUAACACCUCUGAUAAACCCUCUCCAAAUAAAUAUCCUGGCAGACAGAUCUUGGGAUGAGAUCAUUGGCAAUACUGAUCGUGCUGUGGAACCAGGUGCUCCUCCCUUGCUAUGUGGUAAAGUAUCCAGGGAUAUUAAACAGGAGGUGGACAAGCUGAUUGGUAAUCCUAGAGGGAAAAAACUAAGGUGGUUUUCAGAAUGUUUGUCACCUCCAGGAGGCAGUAAAAAUUUAUGGGACCUCGUUGCUGUAAUAAAAGGACAGGACGAUAGCUUGCUUCCACAAAAUUACUGCAAAGGAAUUAUGCAUAUGAAACAUCUGGUUAGAUUUAGAAUGUCCAAAGCCCAAGAACUAACAACAGUAAAAAUGUCCAAAUUUGGAGGAGGUAUUGGUGCACCUAGCAAGGAGGAAAGGCUAAAAGAAGCAGCGGAAAUACAUUUAAGAUUAGGACAAAUUCAGAGAUACUGUGAACUUAUGGUGGAGCUUGGAGAGUGGGACAAAGCACUCUCAGUUGCACCAGGUGUUUCUAUGAAAUACUGGAAGAAGCUAAUGCAAAGGAGAGCUGACCAGUUAAUUCAGGAGGAAAAUGAUGAUGUUAUCCCAUACUGCAUAGCUACUGGUGAUGUGGAGAAACUAGUCACUUUUUUUACUUCAAGAGGCCAACUUAAAGAGGCUCUGCUUGUUGCACAGGCAGCUUGUGAGGGAAAUAUGCAAAUCUUACAGCUUUCAGCAUCAAAUGGAUCUUCAAAUACUGAUGGAAAUUUGGAAGAUUACAAUGAACUCCUCCACAGAGUCAGUAAAGAACUGGCAGAGUGGUAUUUCCAGGAUGGCCGUGCAGUGCUUGCAGCGUGUUGCCAUCUAGCUGUUGAGAAUAUUGAGCUUGCCAUGGCAAACCUGAUUCGUGGAAAUGAACUGGAGUUGGCAGUCAGUGUGGGUACUGUCUUAGGAGAAAGUGCAGCGCAAGCAACACAUUAUGCUCUAGAGUUACUAGCAAGAAAAUGUAUGACAGUAACAACAUGCUUUCCAUCUCUUGGAUACAGUUACACUUUCUGUUUGCACAGGGACUUGGCAGCAGAUCUUCUCAUGAUGACUCCCAAUAAUGAAUUGCAAUUAGUAAAGCUAUGUGCUUUCUAUCCUGGAUCCACAGCAGAGAUAAAUGACCUACAUGAAAAGUGUAAUCUACCAGGUGUAGAAGAAUGUAUGCAGCUAGCAGAGACUGCUCAGGCAAAUGGAGACAUAUUUGAAACCAUAAAAUACUAUUUGUUAAGUACAGAACCAGAAAGAGCCCUUCCUCUUGGCAUUCAAUAUAUUAAAGAACAAAUCAGUAGCUCAGAUUGGACUUUGGAUUCAGUGUGUCCCUUUCUUGAUCUUCUAAGCUAUAUACGCACUGAAAGAUUAGUGCUGCAUAAAUGUAGUGAAGUUCGGAAUGAGCUGCUGAUAUUGUCUGGUUACGCUGGUGCUUUACUUGCUAUUAGAAGACAGUAUGCUAGCAUUGUACCUGCACUUUAUGAAUACACAAGUCAGCUUUUAAAACGACGGGAGGUAUCUGUACCCCUGAAAAUUGAACAUCUUUCUGAGGAACUAGAUGCUUGGAGAGCUUGUAUUCAGUUAGUCAACAAAUCUACUGAUGAAUUGUCAUAUACCCCUCCAUCCGAAUCACAGAGAAUGGUUUAUUCAACAUUGGUAUCACGGAUAAAAGAAGAGCCUCUUAAAGGAAUUAUUGGACCAGAUUACGUCACUGGGUCUAAUCUUCCUAGUCACUCAGAUGUUCACAUCUCUUGUUUGACAGGGUUAAGGAUACAGGGUCCAGUGUUUUUCCUUGAAGAUGGAAAAUCAGCUAUUUCACUGAAUGAUGCUUUGAUGUGGGCCAAAGUGAAUCCCUUCUCACCAUUAGGAACAGGAAUACGACUCAACCCAUUCUAAUAAGACUUUUUCCUCUGUAGUGCUUAAAACAAGUUACAUCCAGCAGGUUAACAUUAAUUUAACCUUGAUUGUUGAAGGAUAGAAAGAUGGCAGUUGAUUCUUCCUGAAGGACAAUUAUUUGAAUUUUGCAAAAUGUAAAUGAGAAAAUGAAAAAUAGAUUUAUAUAUAUAUAUAUAUAAAGUUAUAUGAUAAUCCAAAGAAAAAAUGUCCUUACAUAAUUGACAGCCAUGUUUUUUUAAAAAAGAGAAUACUGUCAGACAACAUAAAAACAUUUCAGUAAAUUUUUGUGAGCAAAUUGUAAAGCAAGAAAAGAAAUAUCUGAACAUUAGCAAAAUACUGGGGUAGCUGAAACUGUGAAAUUCAUAAGACAUUUUUAAAUACAUCAGUAUAUAUUUAUGCUUUUAUGAAUUGCCACUGAGAUACAGCUGAGUUUCAUACAUUCUGUAUGCCCUUUUGUUUGUAUCUAAUACUUGGUAAAAUGUGUUCUAAAGAGUGAUAGUGUAAAUUAAAUGACAACAUAGUCAAAAUACUUCAAUUUUUCAUUAAAAAAUCUUUCCAUACAAUAAAUAUUUAAGCUUUAACAGGAAAAGAGAAGUCAUUGUGAUGAAUAUCUAGAUUAGGAUAAAUUAUUCUAUUUUCUAAUAAAUCCAUCUUUAGCAGUCCCCCCAUUAUAUUUUAUUGAGCGCUAAAAUGUCUUCUAUUAACCUUAUUUUUUUAAUAAAUAGCUUGUAAGUAAUAAACAGCUUAUUUAAUGAAAAUUAUUGAAAUACAUGAUGUAAAUUGAAAUUUUUGUUUUUUAAUUUUGUAUAGAUUGUAAAAAUUUGUAUGGUAUUGAGGACCUGAUACAUAAAUAUGUGAGCAUUGCUUUAUUUAGUUGGAUGGUUAGUUCACGUCUAGUAUCAUGUGCCCAAAUGAAAGAAAAAAUGACAGCAGUAGAAUAUUUUAUUCUAAAAAUUGUGCAUAAUAUCAAAUACCUGCAUGAGAAGACCAGUUGUUCACAGAUAGAAUUGUUCUUCCAUCAAAUAGUAUUAGAAAUCCUUUUGCUGGGUUCCCUGAUCAGCAUGUUAGUGGCAUUGUUCUCAUCA